CUUGGUGGGGUCUCGUCCUGAACACCUCCCAAGUCCCAGUCCCUCGUCUGGCUGUCACUGUCAGCAUCUCGACUCGGACGGCUGUCACUAUCACGCGCCGGCCGACAGUAACUUGUCCAACGUCGCCCAACCGCACCCGGACCGACCACUGAAAACGGUCAAACCUACUCGGUGAAAUCGGACCCCGGGAUAACCUGAUCUCCGUUUCGCCCAUUCAAGUCAGAGUACUCGGUACCUGAUUUGUGUGUACCUCGGUAUACCCGACACUUGGCACUUAUACACCCCAUCCGGUCACACAGUAGCAACCAUGUCGUCCACACCGGCCCAGGAAAACGGCACCGCCAACGGCGCCAACACGGCCCCGGCCCCGGCCCAAACAACGCCCAUUCCGGCUCCUGCUACCGCUGCCACUCCCACCACUGCCCCUGCCGCUCCCGCCAACGGAACUGCUGCCAAUGCCAUGAAGCCUGAGGCUUCAUCCAACUCAUCCAACUCUGCAUCCAACCGCACCACUCCCGCUCCCUCUACUACUCCCACCACCACCAGCAACUCCUCAGCCCCUGCUGCUGCUCAAGAUGAAAGUCUUGUCUGCCGAUGGGCUGAGUGCAAUGAGCGCUUCACUAGCGCCGAGGUGCUCUACGAACACAUUUGCGAGAAGCAUGUUGGUCGCAAGAGCACCAACAACCUUAACCUCACAUGCCAGUGGAACUCGUGCCGCACCACCACGGUGAAGCGCGACCACAUCACUUCGCAUGUCCGUGUUCACGUUCCCCUGAAGCCGCACAAGUGCGAUUUCUGCGGCAAGUGCUUCAAGCGCCCUCAGGAUCUCAAGAAGCAUGUCAAGACCCAUGCCGACGACUCGGUUCUGGUGGGUAGGUCUCCCCAGGACCAGAACGGUGGCAUGAAUGGUGCUUAUAGAGCUCAGGCUCCAGUUCACAAGGCUCCCUCCGGUUUCUAUGAUCACAAUGGCCAUAUGCGCGGUACUAACCAAGCCCCUUUUGGCCAGCCCCACCAGAAUGGUCAGGCUAGUUACUACCACGCACAGUACCCAGCAUCGCAGCCCUACCACGCCCCCAUGUACUACCCAGCCCAGCCCAUGGGCGGCCAGCGUAACGACUUCACCGGCCACCAGGCUGCUCCUUUCGAUGCCCGGAAGCGUCAGUUCGAUGACCUGAAUGACUUCUUUGGCAGUGUCAAGCGCCGUCAAAUCAACCCGACCUCCUAUGAGUCGGUUGGCCGCGCUCUAAUGCCUCUCCAUGCUCCCUUGGGGCUUCACUCUGGAGGUCUGGCGACUGAGUACAUGGCCCAGCCUCCCCACACUCUCGGCAUGGCCAGCGCCCAUCAUCCGCUCACUCAGCACUACUACCUCCCGCCCAUGCCCAACCUUCGCACCAAGGAGGACCUCCAGCAAAUGGACCACUUCCUCGAGCAAAUGCAAGCGACUGUCUAUGAGAACACCGCUGUCGAGAUGCGCCAUCACUCGCCCACAUAUGCGACUCGCCCGACCAUCGACCCGUACCCCGGCGCGUCCCUCGCCUCCCCUCUUAGCGCCACCUCUCCUCACUCGGCCGGCACCCCUGCGGUUACGCCCACUCCUAGCAACAUGUCGUACACCUCGGGUCACUCACCAAGUACCUCUUCCACCAGCCUGUCUCCCACCACGCGCCACAGCUCCACCCCCUCGGUCUCCUACCCGACUCUGCCCAGCCGGCCAGGGCUCCCCUACCCCUCGACCUCGGGUCUCGGAUCCAACUUCACCCACAACGAGCGCCGUCUUUCGGGCGGCGUCCUGCAGAGCGCGCGUCGCGCCGCCGAUGAGGCCGACCGUGCGCCCACCCCCAAGGCCAGCGAGCAGGCCACGGUCAGCUCGCCAUCGGAGGAUUCGGAGACGGGCGAUGUGAACGGACCCGAGACCUACGACGACUGGCUGCAGCACAUGCGCGUCAUCGAGUACCUCCGCCAGGGUAUCCGCGCCCGUCUGGAGAGGCAGGAGUUUGAUGAGGACGACACUAGCAGGAUCGACCCCAUGGUGCUCGAGUCGUCGGAUCGGAACCAGCAGCAGCGGAACCAGCAACAGCAGCAACAGCAGCAACAGCAGCAACAGAAGAGCCCGAAUCUGCCGACUGCGGCGGGUCCUUCGGCACCGGAGAAGCCUCUUUAUCCUGUUCUUCCUCGCAUUAACUAAGGUCCCUAUGUAAGGAAGGCACAAGAGAUUUUGGCGUUAAAGGCUGAUAGGCGUGAUGGUUGGGACAGUGGUUGGAACUGAACCGUGUUUGUUUUCUUUUCUUGUGUGUGUGGGGAGUUAAAUGAUUAAUUGUGCCAGGCUAUUGUUUCUUUCUCGGAUGCGUGGUUGCGUGUGCGCUGUCAGUAUUGAUCGAAGGAAGGAAGGGAAGGAAGGAAGGAAGGUCUUGUCUGACAUAUCAGAACAAGAAGGGAAAAAAAAGAAGUUUGUUUGCUGGCUUUUGUUUUGUAAAUAUAGUACACUAUUGCUACUUGCUGCCUACUGUGUGCGCAACCUUUUUCAAAGAUACCUCUUCUCCUCUUUCUACCC